AUGACGAAGAAGAAGCCUAAGAAAUCUACGGCUUCUAAGCCCUCGAAGUCAUCUCCUCCGGCGAAGUCUUCUCCUCCGUUGAAGUCUCCCUCUCUCUCGAUUGAUGGCUUGGACCUGUCUCCUCCUUCUGCGACUGUUUCUGAUGCGCUAAUCAGCCCCCCAGCUGACGAGGUUGCUCAACAAUCGCUUGAGAAGUCAGACCCUGUUCCCCAAUCUGCUCAGGCUCCGUCUUCUGAGCUUGUGAUCGCCGUCUCGUCGGCUGAUCCAUCUCCAGCGCGUGAUGAAGCCCCUGUGAAUAGAUCUGAGUCGAGCUUUGCUUCUCUACAGCCGAGCCCCUCUGUAUCUCCUCCGGAAAACCCUGUUACCACUGUUGUAAAGGAUGCUCCCUGUGGGCCUCCAAACCUACCUACUGUUGAUGCCAAACUCCCUUGUUUGAGCUCACAAUCAGAUAUAGUGUUAGACGCUGCACCCAUAAUCUCCUCUGAAGUGGUUGAUGCAGGUGCUAAAGUUGUUGUGGACGCUGGUUUAGCUCCGACAAGUUCAGACGUGGGGCUAAACGCCUCAGCCACGAGCAAAAUGGCUCCUGGUGAUUCUUGGUGUGACCACGCGAGAGGAAUCGGCACACGUCUAUCCAAGAAAGGUGAACCCUUUACGUUACCUUCGGGGGAGGCUUGUAUUAAGAUUCCGAACUCAGUCAUUGAGAAGAACAGGAAGUCUUGGGAGCCCUUUGUCUUAGGGCAGUUCUACUCGGAACCCCCGUCUCAAGGUACAUUACACAACAUUGUCAACGGGAUAUGGAGCAAAUACCACCGAGAUAUUGUUGUGUCUAAAAUGGAGGGUUUCGCAUUUCUCUUCCGCAUACCAAACGCUGCGACAAGAAACAUGGUUAUUAAACAGAAACUCUGGCAUAUUGAGGGCCAAACCAUGUUCGUCGACAAAUGGGAACCGGGUGUUAUUCCCGCUAAGCCUGAACUCUCCUCUGCCCCUAUUUGGCUGGAGCUUAGGAAGGUUCCGUUUCAGUUCUUCAAUGAGGAUGGUCUGGAAAGGAUCGCAGGACUAGUAGGUCACCCGAAGUUCUUGCACCCCUCGACAGCUAACAAAACAAACCUGGAGGUGGCAAAGGUGUUCACCAUCAUUGAUCCUAGGAAGCCUUUGCCUGAGGCAGUUAACGUUCAGUUCGAGUCAGGCGACAUUUGCAGAGUCUUGGUCUCGAGUCCUUGGAUGCCUCCGGUUUGCGAGUCCUGUAAGGAAAUUGGUCACAUCUCCAAACGAUGUCCUCUGGCCCCUAAAACUUGUUCCCUUUGCAAGGCUACUACUCAUGUGCAGGCUAACUGCCCUCAAAAAGGCAAGCAGAACGCACCGGGAAAGAAGACAAGGCGCGGGAGGUCUAAGGAUAAACAAAAGUGGAUCGCUGUGGACCCACCCGCAACAAGCAAGUCUCCUCUGAUUGGCAGUGGUAUUGGCCUAGUGCCUCCUGAGGCACCAGUUAAACCUCUGGAAUUUAAAUCUCCUAUUAAACCUCUGGACCCUAAGGUGGUUCUAACCCGUACUGAGAUCCCGCUCCACUCUAAGUUGGGGACGUCUUCGGAUACUGUUAGAGGUGAGUCUAGUGGCACUGCACUACUGCCCCAGCGUGAGCUAUUGAGGUGUGACUCAGGUACUUCUAGGGGGACACAGUCUGAUGUUCAGCCGGAUUCGUCUGAUGUGGAAUCCUCUGAUUCGGAGCUAGAGGAAGGAGAAUUCAGUACCCACGAGCCGGAUUUUGAGGUUGUUCGCAACAAAAAGAGAUUUUCAGGUCAGAAAGGUUGGUCGUUUGAUGAUAACUACAGUUUUUCGCCUCUUGGCAAAGUUUGGAUUAUUUGGCACCCUUCCCUUCUGGUUUCGGUUAUCUACAAGUCGCUCCAGAUGAUCAUGGCUGAAGUAACUUGGCCCUCCUGUCAGUCGAAGUUCUUCAUCUCUAUUAUUUAUGCUUCCAAUGAUGUGGAUGAGCGGGUAGGUCUCUGGGAGGAAAUUGCCUCGCUUGCUGCAACUUACGAUCUAGAUACAAAGCCAUGGAUUCUUCUUGGGGAUUUCAAUCAGAUCAGGGAUCCGGUUGAGCACUCCAGUCCGCCCUCCUUGAACAUGGACAAGAGAAUCAGGGAUUUUAAUAACUGUCUCAUCAAUGAAAGUCUUGACGAUCUCAACUUCAGGGGUACUACUUUCACUUGGUGGAAUAAACAGAAGUCUGCCCCGGUGGCCAAGAAGCUGGAUAGAUGUCUUGUUAAUGGCGAUUGGUACGCGGCUUUUCCUUCUUCAGUUGCUCUCUUCGGCAGCCCUGAUUUCUCAGACCAUGCUGUUAUAUCAGUUAGCCUGGACCCCAGCCGUGUUAGAACGAAGAAACCCUUCAGGUUCUAUAACUUCCUUAACCAGAACCCGGACUUCUUAGCUAUGGUUUGUGUCAACUGGUUUUCCUUCAACGUCAAGGGUUCAGCAAUGUUUAGGUUAUCCGUCAAGCUUAAGAUGUUAAAGAAGUGUAUCAGGACUUUUAGUCACCAGAAUUAUUCGGGCAUAGAGAGGAAGACAGCAGAGGCUCACGCCAAACUGUUAUUAGCUCAGUCCGCAAUGCUGUCUGCUCCUAACCCGUUAAAUGCUUCUGUUGAGCUGCAAGCUAUGAAAGAAUGGGAAGAAUUGUCGUCUGCUGAAGCUGCCUUCUUCUUUCAAAGAGCUCAUAUUAACUGGAUUACCUUGGGUGAUGGCAACAGCAGAUUAUUUCAUAGAUAUGCUGCCUCACGGCAGGCUCAUAACCAUAUUCACUACCUGUAUGCGGAUUCUGGUGCUAAGAUUGAUUCUCAGACAGGUAUUGAAAACCUGUGCGUUGGGUAUUUCUCUGACCUUCUUGGCAGUGCAGUAUCUCAGCCCAUGUUUGUCCAAAGUGAUCUUGAUCUACUGUUUGAUUUUAAAUGCUCUGAGGAUCAGGUUGUAAAGUUUCAGGCUGGCUUCACUUCAGAGGAUAUCAGACAUGCUUUCUUCUCUCUGCCCAAGAAUAAAAUGGGAGGACCGGAUGGUUUCACGGCUGAGUUCUACAUUGCUGCUUGGUCAGUGGUUGGGCCGGAGGUUACUGAAGCCGUUUUGGAAUUCUUCCAAUCUGGCCGUCUCCUAAAGCAGUGGAAUGCAGCGACCCUGGUGCUCAUACCGAAAAAGCCUAAUGCCUCCCUUACUACUGAUUUUAGACCAAUUUCUUGUCUCAACACUGUGUACAAGGUGAUCUCAAAGCUUCUUGCUUCCCGGCUGAAGGAUAUCCUCCCUCUGAUGGUUUCUAAAUCCCAAUCGGCCUUUCUUCCGGGUCGUCUCCUAGCGGAAAAUGUUCUACUUGCGACAGAUCUGGUCAACGGCUACAACACUCAAGCGAUCUCUCCCCGUGGAAUGCUGAAAGUCGAUCUGCGGAAAGCAUUUGAUAGUGUUCGAUGGGAUUUCAUCAUUGCCUCCUUGCGGGCUCUGGCUAUCCCAGAAGGUUUCAUCUCACUUAUCUCUGAAUGUAUCUCCACUGCGUCUUUCUCGGUCUCAGUCAAUGGCUCCUCGAGUGGAUACUUCAAAAGCACUAAAGGGAUCCGCCAAGGUGACCCCUUGUCCCCCUACCUCUUUGUUCUAGCAAUGGAGAGUCUUUCUAGGCUGUUGACGUCCAGAUACGCUGAUGGUAAUAUUAACUACCAUCCUAGAACCGAGCAACUUCAAAUCUCUCAUCUCAUGUUUGCGGAUGAUGUGAUGAUCUUCUUCGACGGUAGUAGCAACAGCCUCCAUGGCAUCACUGAAUGUUUGGAUGACUUUGCCUCAUGGUCUGGUCUCCACAUGAACACGUCUAAGACAGAGCUGUUCACCGCUGGCCUUGACCCUAUGGAGUCCACCGCGAUUACUGGUUACGGCUUCCCAGCUGGGAGCUUUCCUAUUAGAUAUUUGGGUCUUCCUCUUAUGAGCCGGAAGCUCAAAAUCUCUGAGUACUCUCCGCUAAUCAACAAGAUUACCUUGACUUUUCAAUCUUGGGCUUCAAAAAUGCUCUCUUUCGCCGGUAGACUGCAGCUCCUCAGGACCGUAAUCUUUGGCACGGUUACGUUCUGGCUCUCUGCUUUCAUGCUGCCGAAGGGUUGCAUUCAAGCUAUUGAGGCUCUUUGUGCUCGGUUCUUAUGGUCAGGUAACAUCGAUAAGAGAGGUCUAGCGAAAAUAGCUUGGUCGACGGUCUGUUUACCCAAGCAGGAAGGAGGACUCGGUCUGAGGAGUUUCUCGGUUUGGAACCAGGUUCUCUGCCUAAAAUUCAUAUGGUUACUUCUUUCUAAAACCCCCUCUCUGUGGGUUGAAUGGCAUUGGAACAUACACCUCCAAGAUAAAUCCUUCUGGUCCAUUGAAGCUUCGGUUAGUGAUUCUUGGGCUUGGAAAAGGCUCCUGAAGCUUCGCCCCCUGGCACUCCAGUUUUGUAAAACCGCUCUAGGCAAUGGGCGUUCAGCUAGCUUCUGGUUCGACGUCUGGACUCCCCUGGGCCAGCUAAUCACGUAUCUGGGGCCGCUGGGUCCGAGAGCUCUGCGCAUUGGAAAGAACGCUGUAGUUGCUGAUGCAACGCGUGGAUCAGAUUGGGCUCUCCCUCAUCCUAGAUCACAACAGGAAGUUGAUCUUCACUCUUACCUCACCACCAUUUCGCUGCCUCUGUCUCAUGAUUGUGAUGAUAUGUUUGAAUGGAUUGCUGGUGAUUCCUCUCUUUGUAGUUUCAGGUCAGAUACAACGUGGGAAGUACUGCGACCUAGGGAAGAGACCAAGGACUGGGUGGAUGUCGUUUGGUUCAAAGGUUCCGUCCCAAAGCUCGCUUUCACAAUGUGGGUUGCCAACUACGAUCGCCUACCCACCAGAACCAGGCUUGCGUCUUGGGGUAUUCCGAUCUCUGCUGACUGCCCGUUCUGUUCCAGAGACUUGGAGACAAGGGACCAUGUUUUACUCUCCUGUGAGUACAGUUGCGAUGUCUGGCGAGAGGUUCUGAUCCGCUGCAACCCUCCCUCUUCUAGGUUCACGGAAUGGUCAGAGCUUCUAUCAUGGAUUCGAGCUGCUACCUCGAAGGAGUUUAGGCUCCUGAGGAAAUUGGCUACGCACACAGUCAUCUUUCACCUAUGGAAGCAGAGAAACAAUCUCAUUCAUAACCAGACUUCCCUGCCUGCGACAAUUGUUUUCCGUAGCAUAGAUAGAGAGAUGAGGAACAUUAUCUCCGCCAAGAGACAUCGUAAGGGGUUCAGUUCUCUUAUGGAGUUAUGGCUGAGAUAA